AUGGUCGUAGUGUUGAAGUUGUUGGUGUAUUUGAAGAAGGGUGUGGAGAAUGAAAAUGACUUUAGUGUGGAGAACGAUAUCAAAUGUGAAGAUAAUGUUUCUGAUGAUGAUGAUGUUGAUGAUAAAUUAUUGCUCACAGGACUGGACAGAAUGGUGUAUGCAGAAGUUACAGUUGAUGAUUGUGUGCUGAAUGAUUCUGGAAUCUCUGAUGUAAGUUUGAGUGAUGAUUUUGAAACAAAUAAAACAUCAUACAGUCGAGUUUCAGCAGAAGAAGCUGAUAAAAGGAGCAGUGUGCCAGCGACGAAAGCAAACAGUACAGAAGUGACACUUCGUACUGUAGACCUGAGGGACGUCAGUAAUGGCACUCAUGCUGCUAGUAACAGAGGACCGUCGAUCAAUAGUGCAAUUAUUAGACAAGGAUUUGCUAAUGGGGACAUAAUUGUAACACUGCUUCCAGUCAAUACAAAAUGGCCAUGGAUUACACCAGCUAAAUUUCGACCGGAGUUAGUACCUGAGGAACUCAUGGCUCAAGGUUUAACACUAACAGUAGAAGAUUAUGUUCAUGUGAUGGAAAUACUGACAAAUGAUUUUAGGUUCAACAUUUACAAUAUAUGCUACAAACGCAUUCUUGUAGCCUGGAUAUUUACAGCAUUUGUUGUCCUACUUGGUCUUCUGUUUUCUGGGGUGACUGGUUUGACACUAUUUGGACUUGGUGUUAUGUGGCUCAUCCUGAAUGCUUUAGCAAUUUUUUUCUGUAUGUGGGUGAAAAUUAGGUUAAACCAUAACUUGGAGCGCUGUAUGGCACAAGUAAACAAGCACUUACUGAAGCACAGAAUCAUCCUGGGACUUGAUGAUAGAGGAAAGUUGUCUUGCCAUAAAGUGAAUUUAUGCUUCAUUUACUUUGAUGCUGUUGAUUGCAUUAAAAAACUUCAAGAAGUAAUAGAAAGGGAGGAACGUGAAGGCCGUCCUGUAAACAGAGAGGAAACUGUUGAAGAGCGUAGACAGAGACAACAAUUUCAGCUGAGAAUGGACAUAGAAGAUCAUGACAUUAUUAUUCAGGGAAGCAACACAACAAGAGUGUCUCGGAAACAGGAACGUGCUGAGAUGGUUUUCCUUCGCUACUCACACCGAUGGGCUAAAGAAUUUGUCCGCAAACAUCUUGAGCUGUCAGUGGAUGGAGCAGGGCAUGGGGGCUUCCCCUCUGCACCUCCUCGACAUUGCAUUACCUCUCGGUGCCCUUGUCAAUUCAUAGAGGAGCACCUCAAAUAUAAACCACGAGAUUAUCCUUGCAGCAUCUGUGCUCUGAUGGUUGAUCGACAAUUUGAGUUCAAUUAUUAGAUGGUCCUCUUGCAGUUGUGCAGCAGUCACACCAUAAAAUAAUUUUCCAGUCUGUUAUCUUUCAUGGGGAAUAUUGUGAGAAGAUAAUGCCUCACAUUUUGUGAGUAAUUUAAUGGGUGAACAAAAGUUAUAUAUAUAUUUUAGAAACUGGUGCUUGAACCUCGCAAGGGACUACAUCAGUGAACAGGUUUUUCUUUUGUUAUCGUGCUCUGCUCAGAAACAUACUGAAUGUGUUGUAAUUUCAUGAUGAGCAGAACAGUUAAAAAGGGACAUUCUGUGAUAGGCUUCCAUUAACUGUUAAUAAAACCAUUUUCUUUAAUGUUAGAUUUCAGAUUUUUAUCUCAUUUUUUUAUAGUUGUGAAAAGUGUUACUAAUCAAUGCAUGAUGUGUUUGAUUCUGGUAUGAACAUUAUGGUGAACUGUCUGGGGUGCUUGUUUAUAUAAAAAAUAGAAAGAAAGCAAAACAAAUGAGGAAAAGAGCUAGAGAAUAAUACUUGAACAAUUUUAUUUUGAGCACAACUCAAUUCCGUCCUAAAUGCAUUUACUGCUCAUUCAUUUUCUUGUAACCAUUAAUUAAUAUUACCACAUUGUAUGUGAUCCUGUAUGUACUAUGUCUUAUGAUGUAAAAUAUUAAAUAUUUUUAUUUUUAAUACACUUUUUCACUCAUAAUGUGCCUUGUGUAGACAUAAUGUUACUGAAUACAGCAUUGUAAAUUAGUGUUUUAAAUAUAAAAUCUACUCAUCCAAAUUAUGCAAAAAUGAAUUAAGUAAAUAAAUGAACUUUAAUUAGUGUUCAUGUAGCACACACAUCUGAAAUUUGUUGACCAGGUUUAGAGUUUUCAACAAUUAAUUCCAG